GGCUGGAAAGACUGCAAUGUAGAGGAUGGGCUGAGAGAAGAGGUUCAUACGAGUCUGCGUGAAGUGAUUUCCGAAUAGUAAGGAAGAAAUUGCGAUUUUUUUCCCCCUUAUUGUGUCGUUACUCGCCAUACGUGUCUUCGGUGUUUAAAAAGGUUGUCACCGACUUGUUGGGUCAGUGUUUAUAAGGUAAUAAGUUAAACAUCCACAUUUUUCCUUCGGAGAAACUUUCCAAAGAAGUGAAAACAAACGAGGUUUGAGGAGGUGUAUGUCAGGAUGGCACAAUGGAACCAGUUACAGCAGCUGGAGACCAGGUAUCUGGAGCAGCUCUACCACCUGUACAGUGACAGCUUCCCCAUGGAGCUUCGGCAGUUUCUAGCUCCAUGGAUUGAGAGCCAAGACUGGGCUUACGCUGCCAAUAAGGAGUCACAUGCAACACUGGUGUUUCACAACCUCUUAGGAGAGAUAGAUCAGCAGUACAGCCGUUUCCUGCAGGAAAACAAUGUACUCUACCAGCAUAACCUGCGCAGGAUUAAACAGCAUCUGCAGAGCAAGUACUUGGAGAAGCCGAUGGAUAUUGCCCGCAUUGUUGCCCGCUGCUUAUGGGAAGAGCAAAGGCUCCUGCAGACUGCCACAUCUGCUGCACAGGACGGUCAGGCAGCUCAUCCCACUGGUACAGUAGUCACAGAAAAGCAGCAGAUCCUGGAGCACAACCUUCAAGACAUCAGGAAGCGGGUGCAGGAUAUGGAACAGAAAAUGAAAAUGCUUGAGAACUUGCAAGAUGACUUUGACUUCAAUUACAAGACACUGAAAAGUCAAGGAGAGUUGUCCCAGGACCUGAAUGGAAACAGCCAGGCGGCUGCUACAAGACAGAAGAUGGCUCAGCUUGAACAGAUGCUGAGUGCCUUAGACCAGCUCAGGAGGCAAAUUGUGACAGAGAUGGGAGGCCUGUUGACAGCCAUGGAUUAUGUACAGAAGAAUCUGACAGAUGAUGAACUAGCAGACUGGAAGAGAAGACAGCAGAUUGCCUGUAUUGGAGGUCCACCUAACAUCUGCCUGGAUCGCCUGGAAACAUGGAUCACGUCGUUGGCUGAGUCCCAACUCCAGAUUCGUCAGCAGAUCAAGAAGCUGGAGGAGCUUCAACAGAAGGUGUCCUACAAAGGAGACCCCAUCAUUCAGCACCGACCUGCCCUGGAGGAGAAGAUUGUGGACUUGUUCAGAAAUUUGAUGAAGAGCGCUUUUGUCGUGGAAAGACAGCCAUGUAUGCCCAUGCAUCCAGACAGACCUCUGGUGAUCAAAACAGGGGUGCAGUUCACAAAUAAAGUCAGGUUACUGGUGAAGUUUCCUGAACUCAAUUACCAGCUGAAAAUUAAAGUUUGCAUUGACAAGGAAUCGGGUGACGUGGCUGCAAUUCGAGGGUCACGAAAGUUUAACAUCCUUGGUACCAACACAAAAGUAAUGAACAUGGAGGAAUCCAACAAUGGCAGCCUGUCAGCAGAGUUUAAACACUUGACCCUUAGAGAACAGAGGUGCGGUAACGGCGGCCGGACCAAUAGUGAUGCCUCUCUGAUUGUCACUGAGGAGCUGCAUCUUAUCACGUUUGAGACAGAAGUUUAUCACCAAGGUCUGAAAAUAGAUCUGGAGACUCAUUCCCUGCCUGUGGUUGUCAUUUCCAACAUCUGCCAGAUGCCCAACGCCUGGGCUUCCAUCCUGUGGUACAACAUGCUUACAAACCACCCUAAGAACGUCAACUUCUUCACCAAGCCUCCGGUCGGAACAUGGGACCAGGUGGCUGAGGUGCUAAUGCAAUUCUCCUCCACGACCAAGAGAGGGCUGACCAUUGAACAGCUCACCACACUGGCUGAGAAACUACUAGGGCCUUGUGUCAACUUCUCUGGCUGUCAGAUCACCUGGGCCAAGUUCUGCAAGGAAAACAUGGCCGGUAAAGGCUUCUCCUUCUGGGUGUGGCUGGACAACAUCAUUGACCUGGUGAAGAAGUAUAUCCUGGCACUGUGGAAUGAAGGAUACAUCAUGGGUUUUAUCAGUAAGGAGAGGGAGAGGGCCAUUCUCAGUCCAAAACCUCCUGGCACUUUUCUGCUGCGCUUCAGUGAGAGCAGCAAGGAAGGGGGCAUAACAUUUACAUGGGUCGAGAAAGACAUCAGCGGUAAGACUCAGAUUCAGUCAGUGGAGCCGUACACCAAGCAGCAGCUCAACAGCAUGUCUUUCGCCGACAUCAUCAUGGGCUACAAGAUCAUGGAUGCCACCAAUAUCUUGGUUUCACCUCUCGUCUACCUCUACCCCGAUAUCCCCAAAGAGGAAGCCUUCGGGAAAUAUUGCAGGCCAGAGGCGGCUCCUGAACCUGAGAUUGGCGGAGACUCUACGAGCACUAUUCAGCCGUACUUGAAGACAAAGUUCAUCUGUGUUACACGUAAGUAUCCGUCAUCCCUUCUUUAUCUUUAGGAUACAUAAAUGAUCAUAAGGUCUGUCUGUAAUGAAUAUAUUGAUAAGAUAACAUGUAGUGAGCCCUUUGACAACAUUGUUCAGCCCAUAAGUGCUGUGAUAAUAGGGUUGGUAAUGAACACCCCGAGAGUCAGGUCUGUACUUUGAGCACUGUGAUCGGAUUCCAAGAUAGUGGACAAUGACAUAUGUCACAUUGCACCCAAAAAUGGACGUUUUGUUGUUGUGUAGUAUCUGUGGUCUGUGCCAUGCAUAAAGGUUGGCGUGAAAAAUGGAUUCAAGGAAAAUAGAAUUUGAUCGACACGUGAACUUCCCUCUUUAAAGUUCUUUUUCACAUGGCGAUUGUUUCCAAAUGUUCUAAGAAAGGAGAACGAAGCUAGUUGUACUUUCAGUGUGAGUCACCACUGUCAUUACAGAAACCGUCUCUGUGUGUGAAUCCAGCUAAUAUGGAGAUUUACUAUAGAUUCUCUAUCGCAUCGGGCGCCCCCUUCUUCUUUCUUUCAAGUACAGGCUGACAUGACGGUUGGCAAGAACAAAAACAUGUUUUUUAACAAGUCUGACUACAUAUUUGUUCGCUGUCAGCAUUAUUAUGGGUGUUUGUGUGUGUGUGUGUGUGUAUGUGUGUGUGAGUGAGAGAGAGAGAAGCUGUGAAUUAAUGCUCUACUCAAGUUGCUCAAUUAAGGUUUUCAAUUUCAGAGAAUUUCAGCUGAGGAGGUGGUCUCUAAUCCAUCCUGAGGACGGGUUGCAUUCAUAUGCUUUCAGUGAUGAGACGUGAGGACACAUUUAGACAUACUGAUGUUAAUACAGGCAUGAAUGGGGUCUAGAGGAAUCUCUUUCACACUUAAAUCAAUCGGGAGCCAGAAUUCUAUAAAGCAGUGGUCCUCUCUGCCCCUUUUAAUGUCUAUUGAAUUCUGUCGAUCAGAAUGCAGUCACUGUGAAAAACCUGCACCCACUCAAAAUGUUACAUUUCUUCUAAUGACAUUGUAGGUUGUUUUUUUUCUUUGCUGUAUUCACACUUAAAUAGAGCACAAUUUACAAUAUUAGGCAAUUUGUAAAAAAGUUACUUCAAACAGCUGACAUUUGGAAAUGUAAAAAAAUAUUUUUUUAAUUUAAAGAGCAUCUUUAAAUGUGGGAUUGGCUGCUAGAUAGUAUGAUGUUGACUGAGGUCAGAUCAGAGUGGGGUGUGUGUACACAGGUUGCUUGGUUGGUCGUGGGUUUGGUGCUGGUUGGUUGUGAGGUUUGCUCAGUGAGAUCCUGACCUGUCUCCGUAGGUGUCCCUCCGUGUUCAUGGACUUGCCGGACAGUGAUCUGCUUGGGAGCGGAUUCCCGGGCACAAACUCUGGAAACACCAGUGACCUGUUCCCCAUGUCGCCUCGUACCCUCGACUCUCUGAUGCACAAUGAAGCCGAAGCUAAUCCAGGACAUUUGGAAUCCCUCACUUUGGACAUGGACGUCGCGUCACCAAUGUGAAGAGGUUUCCAUGUGAACCAGGACCUGAUGAUGGUUUUCUCUUUUUUUCUCCUCCUGUACAGUUUGUUUCUCUUGUUCCUGUAUAAAAUAAACACACACGCACUCACACAGUAGUCAGGAAAUCGAAUGCUUUUGAAAGACUUUACCACCUUUUUUAGACUUUGAAUCUACACCUGCACUUAUUCUGUGAAACUGUUGAUCAAUACUGACUUAAUUACUGACUUUGCAUUCAGUACUUCCUCGUCUUCACAGUCGUCUCUACACACCCGAUAGUAUCUGGAAUUGUAUUUUUUUAAAAACGUUGUUUUGUCUCCUGAAGUUUGUGAUGAAUUGAUGUGCUUUUUAUGUUUCUUUGCGUAAGAAAAUGUAAUGAAAGUUAUUGGUGUAUAAGCUAUAUAUCGCUUUUGAGAUGUUUGUAGUAGAAUUUACUGCAAUUCAUUUCUUGUUUGUUGUUGCAUUAAUGAGUCCUGCCAAAUGUUUUGCCACAGGUUUUUUCAAAAUACCUUUUGGAUUGCACUUCAAUUUGUUUCUUUGCAGUUUUUACGCAAAAUUGAAUAUUUGUUAUAUUUUUCCAGAUCAAUUUGUCGCAUUUUAAACUCGGACACAGUGGGAAAGAUGGACGAUUUUUCGACCUUCAGAGUAAAUCACCCGUGAACUUUAUCUGUAAUGUGAUUAUAACUUGUAAAGGUGUUGCUCUUUUAAUUCCCUCUAAAAAUGCUGUAAUUUGUGAUUCUGUGAGCAAGUUUUUGUUUUCGCUGAGUGAGGUCAAUUACGCUCAGAUAUGUCAAGUCAUUCAACGAUUUAUGUUUGGGGACAAAUUAUUAUCAAAUCGACUGCAAAUGUUAAUGGUUUUAAAGAUUUUUUUUCACUCAAACCGAUAACGUACACAUUUGAAGGUGUGUAGCAGGUGACCUUCGACCUUCGACACAGUCCAGUUAUCUGUUGUCAGCUGACUUUAAUGCAACUGAUACACGUCAAGUUUUUCUGUAAAAUAUGCUGUAACUAUUCAGACAGAUGGCAAUAAAACCAGUUGGACCUAGA